AUGCUAUAUGAGAGCAUUGAAUCUAAAGAACUGUCAUCGUCAGUCCUGGUUAAACUAGCAAGAUUGCAUGGAAAUUAUGGGAUUGUUGCCACAUCUGUCAUGUUCUCUGGCAUGAUGCGGCCAUUCAUCACCAUUAAAUGUUGUGAAAUCCUUGAAAGACUAGCAUCAAAUGAUGAUGUAAUUGAUUUCUUUGUUGAUCGAAAAGGGAAGAACCUUGAGCCAAAAAGACUAGAAGCUUUAGUUUGGUUUCUUGAGAACGAUGACAAUGAUGAUGUGCACAUGGCAGCUGCUGGUUUACUAGCUAACCUUCCAAAAUCAGAGCGUGAAUUCAACAUGAAGUUGAUUGACUUGGGUAGCCUUGAUGCAAUCAUAAGCAUUUUGAUCAAUGGUAUUAUAGAAGCAAAAGAAAGUGCUCCCAGUGUUUGGUGGGAAGGUUUAGCAUUUAAGAGAGAAAUAGUUAAAGAGUUUGUUGUUGGAUGGAUGAAGAUGCGAAUUCAUGAAUGA